AUGGCUAUCACCGACCUCGAUCGCAACCGUACCGACGGCAUGCCGACACAUGGCUGGCUGGUGCUUGCGUGGCAUGGCACUAACUUCAGACGCCGGGAUGCUCGCGCGUGUGCACGGCCAACUCGUAUGCUCUUUCCACAUGCGCUGCACGUGCAACUGGGUCUACACUAG